CAAGUCCCCCACCCCGUCCCCCACCCCCCUCGGUGGGCGGGUCUCCUUUCUCCCUCGGAUGUGGAUCAGAUGAUUGGGGCUGCAGCGGACUGAUCUGCAGUCAGACAUGGAGGUGGGUGAGGCUCUCGGUCAGCAGGAUCGACUGCAGCUCCUUGCAGAGAAGAGGAAGAGACAGACAGAAAUCGAGAACAAGAAACGUCAACUUGAGGAUGACAAGAGAGCACUACAACACCUGAAGUCUAAGGCUCUGAGGGAGCGCUGGCUGCUGGAUGGAGCGCCCCCUGCUGGACAAGAACAGGACGAGGCCAAGAGUCGGCUCGAGCAAAAUGAGGCUGAGACCAGGACCCUGGAGGACACCAUCAACAGGUUGGAGAGAGAGCUCGUCGACCUGGAAACUGGAGCUCUGUGUGAGACUAUAAUACAAACUGCUGUGUCCCCAGGAUCAGUUACAGCUGUAGAGGUCGAAGGUCACAGCAUUUGUCUGCCGGACCCCCCUGCAGUGUCAGGACAGGUAGUUCAAGAGGUCAAAGUUCACAAAAGUUCUCGUGUGAACAAGCCAAGGGAGAUGACGGAGGAGAUGAAGAAAGCCAUGUAUUCGGUGGAGAUUAAAGUAGAGCGGGACAGAGUGACGGGGGAAACCAGGGUUCUGUCCACUAAUACCACACUUCCUGUUGACUUCUCUCACCAUGGGGUCAAAGUUUACGAGGACGAGCGGAAAGUGGUCCACGAGAUGAAUGGUGAAGAUGGCGUCCAGCUGCUCAGCGUCACUGAGGUCGAAGAACUCAUCCACAAAGCUGACGAGGCCUCAAUGAUGUCACAAACUGUCGCCACAGUGCCGUCUCUCCCAACAGAGGAGGUCCAGGAGGAGGAGGAGGAGCCUCAGCCAAUUCUGCCAGUUCCAGCAGAGAUCACCGGGCUGGAGACUAAACCCAGCGGAGAGCCAAGUGUGGAGGAAGCAAGCGCAGAGAAGCCAGUAACCAUGGUGUUUAUGGGAUACCAGAACGUGGAAGACGAGGACGAAACCAAGAAGGUUCUAGGUCUUCAGGGGACAGUGAAGGCGGAGCUUGUUCUCAUUGACGACUACAACGGGAAAACCCCACCAAGUGAAGGGAAGGAAGAGACCGCCAUUCCCCCGAUCGCAGCUCCGCCCACUUCCGCCUCCACCCCUCUGAUUCCUUCCACCAAAACUCCGGAUACGACAUCAGCAGCAAGCAACGGGGAGACAGCAGGGGAGGCGGGGGAGGUGAAGGGAGGAGCAGUGCAGAUAAAGAAGGAGAAGCAGCCAUGUAAGUGCUGCAGCAUCAUGUGAUCCUGCAGAGGGCGCUGCCUUAACAUAUAGUAAGAUAAUGUAAACACAAAGAGGACAGAGACUUUCCAGGACAAAACUACAGGAACUAAACUCCACCCACUGCCCUAAGCCCCGCCUCUAAUGACAUGACAUCAUUUCCCGUUUUUCAUUCUGCUAUUUUAUAAAACCUUUCCUCUUUUUUCUAUUUUAUUGAGGCCUUUUAACUUUUGUACUCCUCCUGUUUCCAGUAGUAUUAGCAUUAGCCUUAGCAUUAGCCAUGCAGUCCUGAUGUGAGUCGUGUUAACCUCUAUGUGUCACUUUAUAAGCUCUAUAAUAUUAACAUGGAUUAACGUUAGAGUUGUGAUUAUUUGAGUUUCUCUGCUGCAGAGUGAGAUUCACAUUUUUGUUUUUUUUUAAGAGAAAAUAAAAAUCGAUCUGAUUGGUCGACUCUGUGCUCAACACAA